GCUAAGGCAUAUCUGUGGGUGCUCCCAUACUGGGUGCCAGUAGUCCCCGCCGUACGGCCCUAAGGGGCGGGGAAGGGUGGUCACGGAAUCAGCGGGAGGCACCGGACAAGGGGCGGGGACCCGGGAACGCGCCGGCAACCCCGGACUGGUCUGCCGCGAGUUUCUUUUGUCCGGGUCUCUGCUCCGUUCGUUGCACCCCCAGGAAGAGGGUACUGGCGAGGUUCAUGGCGAGGUUCUGGGUGUGCGCGGCCGGCGCCGGCUUCUUUCUGACGUUUCUGGUUUUGCAUUCGUGUUUUUGUGGGUCUCCGAUUUUAAGAAACUUUGUUUUUCAAAUUUCCUGGACAACUGAGAAUAUUCUUUACCGACUGGAUGUGGGUUGGCCUAAGUAUUCAGAACACUUUACUGGAACAACGUUUUGUGUUGCAGUUGAUUCUUUCAACGGAUUGGUUUAUGUAGCACAAAGAGGGGAUAACAUGCCAAAAGUAUUAGUGUUCACAGAGGAUGGAUAUUUCUUACGAGCCUGGAAUUAUACCGUUGACACACCUCAUGGUAUAUUUGCAGCCAGUACGCCAUAUGAACGAUCUGUCUGGAUCACGGAUAUAGGCAAUGGAUCCUAUGGUCAUACUGUUAAAAAAUACAAUUCUUUUGGUGAUCUUGUUCAAGUCUUGGGUACCCCAGGCAAAAAAGGCACCGAUUUGAAUCCCUUGCAGUUUGAUAACCCUGCAGAAUUAUAUGUGGAGGACACAGGAGAUAUUUAUAUUGUGGAUGGAGAUGGAGGAUUGAAUAACAGAUUGUUCAAACUAUCCCAAGAUUUCACGAUGCUUUGGCUCCAUGGAGAAAAUGGGACAGGGCCUACUCAGUUCAACAUACCUCACAGUGUUACAGUUGAUUCAGCUGGUCGGGUCUGGGUUGCUGACCGAGGAAAUAAAAGGAUCCAAGUGUUUGAUAAAGACACUGGGGAAUGGUUAGGAGCAUGGGAUAAUUGUUUCACAGAAGAGGGACCAUCUUCAGUCAGAUUUACUCCUGACGGGAAGUACUUGAUCGUGGCGCAGUUGAACCUCAGCCGGCUCUUGCUGUUGGAAGCACCUCCCGUAGGCAGCAUCGGCAGCUGUUCUGUGGUCAGCACCAUCCAGCUUGCAGAUCAGGUUUUGCCUCAUCUCUUAGAUGUGGACAGGAAGAUUGGAGCAAUCUACGUAGCAGAAAUUGGAGCAAAACAAGUACAAAAAUAUGUCCCUUUGAAGAGCUAUUUUCUUUCACUUGGUUCAUAGCAUUUCUUUUCCUGGAGAUUUUUCCAAGUUCAAGUUCAGAUUCUCAAAUUCAUCAAGUGGUUAAAAAUGAUGUUGAAGCACAGGAAUGUUUCCUGAUUUUUACCAGGUCUAGUCUUAGAUUUAUUUUUUAUAUCAUUAUGAAUCAGUUUGUUGCCAUUCUUAAGAAUUAAUUUUACUUUAUGUGCAUAAAGAUAUUUUAAUGAAAGAAAUGUAAUUUUAAGAAAGUAGGGUCAGAAGGAGGGAUUAAGGCUGUAACUUAGUUUCCCUGGUAGACUAAUUCUCCCUAAGGAAAAUGGGAAUAAAAAUGGGUUUAGAGGAUGUUUUAGUGAAUUUCAUGUGAUACUAUAAACCUCAGUUUGCUUACUUUCUAUAAAAUAAAUGUUUGAGAGAUGAGUCAGAUAUGCUAGGUAUUAAUUUAAGUACUCACCGAGUGCUAGAUCGUGAAGAUUAAUGAAUAAAAAGGCAGGGCUUCUCUGCCUUUGAGUAGCUUGUAGGCCAGUUGGGAGAAACAGUUACAAGCUUGCUGUGAACUUUGAUAGUUUCUGUUUUUAAAGCCCAGCUUUGCGUUGGUCCUUUAGCUGUGAGAUACUUAAUAUCAGUCUUUAAAUGUAGGAAUAAAAGGGCAUCUAAGCACUUUACCAAAAGGGAUUUUUGCAAAUAACUGGAAUGUUUUUUAUGUAUAGCAUUAAAUAUAGGGCCUCUCUGCAGUGUUUCCCUGUUUCUUUUUUUUUUUUUAACAUGAACGCAGUUUAUUCCUAAUAUUGUCUACCUCAAAGAAAUUUCAGGAUUAUUAUUUAUAUGGAAAUGUGUGCCAGCCAAAUACUUAAGAGAUUGGGCUGAUUAAUUUCCUGUACCGUUUCUUUGUUUCUCCCACUUGGUCUGAAUGUUGGCUUCCCAGUUAAGACAGUUUUUCAGGUCUGGUUUAUUUUCUUGGUGGAACGUUGCAGUAGUACGAUCUUUCAGGUGGUUUUUUGCCUUUCAUAGCAUCAGCCUCCCUUCUUUGAGUUUACGGUACAUUGAGCUGAUUGUCCUCAUCAGCCAUUAUAAACCAAAAAAAAACUGAACCCAAUGCCAUCGAGUCAAUUCCGACUCAUAGCUGGAGUCUUUUCCAGACUUCGGGAACUCACACUUGUUCUAAUGCUUGGAUCAUAUCUUAAUAUGAUUAAGAAGGCAAAUUUGCCAACAGGAAGUCCUAUCCUGUAUUCAAGGCCAUUUAUAAGUGUUUUUGCCAGGGAUCAAGCUGUAUAAUAUUAGACAUCACCUGUCUAGGCCUUAGUUUUCUCUUCAGUAAAAUGAGAAUAUCAUCAUUUUUCCUCCUUCACAAAUGCUCUGGGGAUCAGAUGUACAAACAUUCCUUUUGACAUACAUAGCUAUAGGUACAUUAAAGGCAUUUUAUUAACAAAGGUCCUUUUAAGUGUGCUACUUACCUGAUAACUGGCUAUCCAGUUUGCCUUAAUUUUGCUUUCUAAUUCUUUUAUCCAGACAUAUCCUCACGAACUUUAUACCAUUUAGCUAAUACAGUAAAUUUAUUUGCACGGAGAUAAUUUGAGAUGUUUUGGUUUUAAGCCACAAUGACGAAUGCAAAUGUGUCUUUAAAGGAAUGCAGGUUAGGUUAAGCUGAUUUUAUCAUUUCUGAAAUAUUUUAUUAAACUAGUUUGUACCGGAUUUUAUAAAACUUGUCGAAAACAUUGUUCCUAUAUGUAUUGCUAUAAGUGUUCAUUACUUAUUGUAGUCAUAAUAUUUCACUUUUGGAUUAACUAAAUGCUUGAGAAAUACGUUGUUUUUCCCUAUAAAAAAUACAAUUAAAAUUUUGGAAAGACAGUAUUCUCUGGUUUCCAAAUUAUAUCAGUAUGGCUGCCCCUACUCUCUUUUGCUUAUUGUUUGCAUGGACUAUUCUUUUCCAUCUCUUUACUUUGAGUCUGUAUGUGUGUUUGAGCCUAAAAUGUCUCUCUCAUAGACAGCAUAUGAAUGGGUCGUGUUUUCUUUAUCCAUCCUGUCACUUUACUGCUGACACAUAUCCUUUUGUAUGAAGCAGAUUGUCCCCGCUGUAAUUUAUCUUUCCUCUUUAUCAUUUCUGGAAGGCCCUUUUGAGUUGCUUGUACUGUGCCUUCGGUACUAUACUGUUGUUCAUGAUGUUCAUCCAGUGAAAGGAGGAAAAGAAAUUGUUGAAGGCAAGGAG